ACACAUACACACACACUCUCACGCUCUCUCUCUCUCUCUCACUCUCUCUCUCUCUCACACACACACACACACACACACACGAGCUUUUCUCAGUCAGCUUCAGUUGCCCAGACAACACACUGCUUUCCUCUGUGUACACUUGUGUAAUCACACACUUCGUAUCCACAACAGAGAAAUCACUUGAGUCUAAACUGUACAAGCUGCAAUCAUGUGAAGCUGCUGAUUCCAUGUCACUUCCCUGAUGAGCCUUUUGUAGUGUAGAGCACGUACUCAUCUGAACAAACCCUCAUCCUGAAGCCCUGAAGCCUACAGAUUUACUUCAGAGACAAGAGCUUGAACAUUAAAAGAUGGACGGUGGUGUUCCAAGUCAUUUCUCAGCCAUGUUUCCAAACUUGGAGGCUAGCGGAAGCGACAAAGCCCAGAAAUCAAACCCAGGAUCAUUAGGGCUUCACUGCUUGGACACGGAACUCCAGAAGAUGCUCAUCGAUGAACGGAUGCGCUGUGAGAAUCACAAAACCAACUACCAGACGCUGAAAGCUGAGCACACAAGACUGCAGGGUGAGUGUACGCGACUCCAGGGUGAGCUCAAAAGGAUGCUGAGUGAGAAGCAGGCUGGUCAGGAGAAAUUGCAGCUGUUGCUGGCAGACCUGAGAGGAGAAGUGUUGGAUAAAACCCGAGAGCUCGAGGAGCUCAGAUUACAGGUGAUGACGCCUCAGCGGUUGGAGUUAUUAAAAGCCCAGGUGCAGCAGGAGAUGGAAGUUCCUAUCAUGGAGCGCUUUAAUAGGCUAGAGAAAGAAGCUGAGAAAUACAGAUCAGAAUACCAUAAGCUGCGCUACGACUUCACCUUUCUCAAAUCAGAGUUUGAUCACCAGCGAGAGGAACACGAGCGCAUUUUGGAGGAGCAGCAAAUCCGUCACAGUACAGAUCUGGCUCUUCUGGAGAGGGAGAAGGAGACGCUGAGUGCGCAGCUGCAGAGCAGAGUGUGUGUGAGCGAUGGGAAGCGUGUGGAAGUGCUGUUGAGGGAAAAGGCACAGCUUCAUCAGCGGCUCUGUAGCCUUGAGGCCGAGGUGGCUGAGCUGCGUGCAGAGAGGGACAGCACAGGGGCACAGGCAGAAAACACGCACCGCAUCCAGCUCCGGCAGCUGGCUGAGUCACAGGCUGCACUCAAAACCCUGGAGUCUGAGAAGCAGUCGGUGUUCAUGCAGUUAGACCGCGUGGAGAAGGAGCUGCACUUAAGCCAAGAGCAGAACGCUGUGCUCACUGGCAAACUGCACAAGGCUGAGAGGGAAAUAAAAGCUCUGAACAGUCAGAUCGAAGAAAUGAAACAUGCCCAUAGGCUGGAACUGGCUAAUGUAAAGAUGGAGUUCUUGAAAGCCAGAGGCGAAGUGGAAAUGGAGCGAGACAAACUGCAAACUCAAGUAGAGAGUCUGCAGUCAGAUCUUGAAGUUUUGACUGCAGCGGAUGAGAGGAAUAAGAAGCUGCUGUUAGAAAAAGAGCAGGAAAUGAUGCUAAGAAUACAGGGAGCUAGAGAAGAAGAGCUGCAAAAAAUUGUUGUGCUUCAGGAAGAGAAGUUAGAAUUGGAGAAUCGUCUGUCGGAGCUGGAGCAGCUGAGGGCUUUACAGGAAACAACAGGAAACUCCAAAAAUGAGGAAUUUGAGGAUCGUCUUCGAGCUGCUUGGCUUGGGGAGGAGUCUGCGCGCAAAGAGCUGCAGAACAUCAAAGCUAAAAUGCAGCAGCAUGCACAGCAGCUAGAGGAGCUGGAGAGACAAAAGUUGGAGAACACAGAGUUGAGAAGACAUAAUGCAGAGCUAAAUGUGCAAAUCAGCACUCUGUCAUAUUCAGAGCAUGAACUGAUGGACACUAGCGGAAGGCUGAGGGAGAGUCUGGAACGGGUGAGAGAAGAGUUACGAAAUGCUCGGACUCAAAUGGAGAAAACACAACAGGAAGCUGAGAGCUGUCCUCUUAUCUGUUUCAGGCUGGAAGAGGAGAGACGUGUGGAAUGGUUGGAGGAGAAACAUAAACUUCAGCAAAGAGAAGCAGAACUGCAGGAGAAAUACAGCCAAGCCAAACAGCGCAUGCAAAAAGCUGCACUUGCACAAAAAAAGAGAAAGACCCUGACUGAGGCAAAGGAGAAGAAACUGCAGGAUAAAUUACAGCUGCUUGAAGCCAAGAUAGAAGAACUGGAAAUUGAAUGUUCUUUGUCCAAGAAAAAUCCCUCAUUUGCUGAGGAGCAUGCUCAACUUAUCAGACGUCUAACAGAGCUGCAGAGGAGACACAAGGAGUUUCGCCAGCUGCUCUUGGGAGACCACAUGCCCUCGAUAUCUCAUCCCCACUCAGUGCUCAAUGCAGGACCUGAAUGCAGCUUUAUAACCCAGCAGGAGGAGCAAUAUUUACGGCAGUUAUCAGGGUUGCAGAGAAGACUGGAGGAGCUGGAGAACAGUCAGCAGCAACAGCUGCAGGAACUGACUCCUCCUCUGGAUCGGGACAGAGAAAAAGAAAGACUUUUAACACCUCAGGACAGCCUGACUAACCUCUGACCCUAUGCUAUUUUGGGACUAGAGGUGAUCAUAUUGUGUCAAGAUUUGUAUUGUAUUAAUUUUUUAUUUUUUUAUUUUUUUUAUUUUUGGUGUUUAAUAAAUGGUUUUCAAAAUAUAGCUCAAGUCUUCCAUAUUCCUGAUCCUGGUCCAAACGAUACCUUGCUUUGUAAACUAAUUGUACUUAUCCAGAUCUUCAUGCAAGAUGAUGGACUAGUUUUGAGUAAAUUAAAAGGUUUUAUUCGUUUUUUUUUGCAGUUAGCUGAAACAAGCUCAAAAAUAUCUUGCCUACAUUAAAUCUACACCCAUGAUUGAUCUUAACAUAGUUGUAAAUAAAAUUUAAUCAAAAAUCAC